UUGGUUUCCAGCCAGGGAUCAGCCUGCUGUAACUCACGUAUUAAACUGGGAAGUUGCCCCACUGCCGAAACCCUUUCUUUCCGUGACCUCAACAGCAACCGUUGCGAGUUUCUACGUUUUUUCAGGCUAAACAUCGGAGCGACACCAUGUCCUUCAACCCUGGACAGCCGUUGGCUGUUGUUGUGCAACGAGUUGAGAUUCGUAAAUUGCGGCAGGGAGAUAAUCUAAUCCUGGGCUUCAGCAUCGGAGGAGGGAUUGACCAAGACCCUGGACAGAACCCCUUCUCUGAGGACAAGACUGACAAAGGCAUCUACGUGACCAGGAUAACACCUGGAGGACCAGCAGAAAAGGCAGGCUUGAGGAUGGGAGACAAAAUAAUGCAGGUGAACGGCUGGGACAUGACCAUGGUGACCCACGACCAGGCCCGCAAAAAACUAACAAAGAAGAGUGAGGACGUCGUGCGGCUACUGGUAACCAGGAAAUCGUUGGAGGAAGCUGUCAAACAAUCUAUGGGCGGUUACCCCCGACAGUAACGAGGUGACUCUGCUUUAAACCACAGACUGAUGCAAUAGCCAAGGACCCAACACUCUCACAUAGUGAGACCCUACAAAUUCAGAUGAUGGUGUCACCGUGGCCUUUAUAACUACGUCAAUGCAAAAAUAUCACACGUAGGUGACAUAUCCAGAGUCUGAGUCCGCAGCUCAGUCUGGACAGUCUUCGGACAAUGAGAGGGUGCUCUUUCUCUCCACACACACUUCAGCUCAUCUCAAAGUGAUCUGCUUUACUCUCUAUAUGUCUGUGUAGCACAUGCUUCCCAAAUAUGGAGCAAUUCUAAACUUUCAGACUUUCCUACAAUUCUAAAAUACUUUUAAUCCAGACCUCUUCUUAAAUGAAAGGUUCAGUGAGUGGGAUUUAGGUUGGAUAUAUUGGCAGACAUGGGAUAUAAUAUAAUGUUUUCAUUAGUUUAGAUCACCUGUAAAUAAUAAUCUUUUGUUACACUAUAAUGAGCGGUUUGUAUCUAUGCAGGGAGUGGGUCCUCGUCCACGGAGUUCACCAUGUCGCACCACCAUGUUUCUACCCAGAAAUAACAAACCAAACACUGGCUCUAGAUAGGGACAUUUUGUGUUUUUGCAUCAGCCACUGAAGUUAGCAGCCCCUCCGCAACAAGAGCGUCAAACAAACACUGAUUUUUUGACCUGAAUCUGCUUUGUUCAGUGUUCUUAUCACCAGGUUAGUUUGUUUUGGAGAGGAGACUGGUUUCAGCUGGUGCAAUCUGCAGUCUCCACCACUAGAUGCCACUAAAUCCUACACACUGUCCCUUUACACUAAGAAUUCACUGUCAGAUUUUUUUUUGAAGUAAUGAGUCUAUAGAUCCGCUUCAGCAUCCAGUUAUUGCUGACCUUUUCUCAUGAGAGGAAGUGUUUCAAAACAUGCCGGAUCACAUGAUCCUGACAACAGAGAGCUGAAAUUAGUUUUUUAAAAACGUUUCAUAAAAAAGGGCUUCCUGUCUCCGCACUAUACGUCAGUUUCAAAUUCACGAUAGCACAGCAUUUCUUAUUCAUUCCCACUUUGGAGAUAUUUGCCAAAUGUCCUCAGUCCAUAAUUUUACACGUUAUUUGGGAGCAAUCAUAAAUGUUGAUCCUUUUUCCUACAGCUGACCAAAGUUGGUCUUGAUGGUUUGAAUACAUCAAGAAUGUUCAGUAGUGUUUAUUUUGUCAUUAAUGAGCAUUUCAUCUCAUUUAAAUUAAUAAUGAUUAAUAAAUGCUGUCAUUCCUGUCGAGAAACAGCAUCAAAAAGCCAAAGUAAAAGCCAAGGCGCUGUGACGUGAUCAAAAUAUGAACAGCAGUGUUUGUAGUUAUUUUCUUUUUUUAAAAAAAUAAUCCUUUUUUUAUAAUGGUACAGUACAAAAUCUGUGCAACAAAACACACACGUGUAUGCACAAAGAUUUCCUGCAUGCUACUGUAUGUCUUUUCGCUUAUCAUUAUUUGUGUUUUAUUUAUCUUUCUUUUUGGUUAUGUCUGUGUCUCACGUGUGGGAAAAUAACAUCCUCUCUCUUUCUGCGUCUGCUAAAAUAUCAACAGUUCAAAAUGCACAUUAAGUUACUUAUGUCUCAUACAAAAACAUUCCACAAGCUGGACCUUCUUUUGGAUAACGCCUGUUAUAUCAUUUCAGGUAUGUUCUCUAUCAAAUCAGAUUUUAUUGCAUUCAGCUAAGGAAAGUUGUUAAUUUGCUGCUUUGAUACAAACAACUCUCUAGUUUCACACUGGAAUCAGCUACAUUCAGAGAACGGUCUCAAAAUGUUUUCGAGUUUUUUAAUGUCAAAGACCAAAAGUCAAAACUGUAAAUCUGAACCAAGCAGGAGUGAAUGUUGUUUGAUGUGCACAGCAGCCUUAAAAGAAUGCUCAAUACCACUAAGUGUAAUGAUACCUAUUUGUUUCUGUUUUCUGCAACAUAACAAUGAUUUACUGCCUCUGAUACACUGCAUACUGCAUUAAUAUUGUAGAUGACUGAUUUAGUACUAAUCAUUAACAAUAUUUUGGCUUUGAUUUGCUUGAGGACUAAAAAUAAGAAAAUUACAAUACUAUCUCAUAUCCUUGGGUGAUCUUAUUGACUGUUUUUUUUUGCUAGUAGUUUAUAUAAUAAUAAUAUAUUUUGUAUUUCUUUAAUAAAACCAUAUGAUUUGUAUAACAUUAAUAAUCGUAUCUAAUAAUCAAAUGUGUAACAUGAAAGUUUUCAUUCCAAAAUUAAAUAUCCCAAAAGCUGGUAUAACGCAUUAGGAAGUCAACAUUAUGUUUCUGACAAUAAAAUAGCGUUAAAGGUAGAGCAUGCGUAGAAGUUGUCAAAAUAUGAAAUUAUUGGAGUCAGUUAAACACUUCUACAAUACAACAUUUUGAAUUGAAGCUUUUCAAUACUGAACAAGUGUUUCACAACCUUUUGGGCUUGUGAGCCCGCAUCGACAUAAAUAAUGAACAGUUUAAUCUAUUUUUUGUCCUCAAAUCUUUACAUUUAAAGGACUUUUAGAGGCCUAACAAAGUGAAAGUAUCGAGUAUUUUUCAUGAAAUGAACAAUUGUUUUUAGAAAACCCAGGAAAGAAACAGUUGUGGUUUUUUGUGUUGGGUUUUUUUUAUGUGUUUUUUGUUUAUAUUCCUUUCAUAAUCUUGGGAUCCUUUAUAGGUUCCCCACUCUCAUGUUUGGAACCACUGUUUUACAGGAUUUUCACACCGUAGUACAUCUAGAGAAUAGUGUGAUGUCAGACAAAUCACUUGCAGUACUUCCUGUAUGAAUUAUGAGAGAUUUUGUACAUGUACACUACCAGCAGAGCACAAACUUUGCAUUUGAUUGUAUACAGUUUACUGUAUGAAUGUUCUCAGAUAUAAAAAGACUGAAAAUGAAA